AUGUCCUCUUUCCGCCUUGCCAAUCUGGCCAGUCUGACCAACACCAUUCUAGGUUCCACGAGGGUCAACACAAACGCCUAUCCCAUCUACUCGGCCAACCCAUUAUUCGACUUCGCGAAGCAAGUGUUGACUGGCCUCCAGCAAACCCUAAACCCGCUUCUCGGACUUUUGCCACUGACUUCGUGCGCCAGUUCAUCAGGACCGUCCAGGCUACCGUCUCGAGCCAGCAGCCCAGUGCCUAAUGUGACGCAAGUAUGCGACACAUCGAGUUCCUCUGCCCCGUUUCUUGCACCCGUUCCGACCCCCUCGUAUGAGAGUGCUCUAGGCAAACCCUCGAAGGCCAAAGAUAAGGACAAGAAGCGAUCACAUGAGCUCCGCAAGAAACAUCGGGCAGCUGAAAAACAGCAGGGUGGCAGUGUCAACGCAAAACGACAGCAUCCCAAACUUCUGAAGCAUAUACAGAAGGCCCAACCCCACAGGACUCAAUUCAACAGCACCAAAUUCCCAAUUGCAUCUACCGGCUAUGUUGCCACUGAAGGCGGCUGUCGCAAGAAGAAGACUCAGCAGCAGCGAGGUAGUCAGACUGUUUAUCGUUUGGAGGAUAUGGUUGGGGAGCACUCGCGAUUCAAGUUUGGGUAUAAGCCAUGGGAUGGGAAAACCCCUACCCCCUUACUAGACGACAGCACUCGUGUUUUCGGACUGCUCGGCGGCAGGCCAAACGAUCCAGGCUGGGAGGCCCUGCAAAAACAGGCAGCACAAGACAUCGAGGACGCUCGGAAGCGGCUUUCUUUCCCAAAGGACAAACUCAAGCACCGUCGCAGCGCAUCUCCGGCUGCUGCUUAUGGCUUCUCCCACAGAGGAGGCCGCACCGAACCAACGCCCGUGCAACACUCUCCAGAAAAUGAGGCCAUAUUGGAAAAGCUGAUCCACUCGCUGGCCCUCUCUAGAAUUGCAAGCUUCGCAUCAGAUAUAUUUGCUACGUGGCACCCCCGUCUUUACCAGUAUUACACAGACUACCUCAAUGUUCUUCUCGAGGCCACCUCUUCCCUUUGUCGCAACUGGGAAAACAGCGUGUGGGCUGCAAUGACCAUCAAUUUCGGCCCCCGUACCGCUUGUUUCAAACACCUCGACUUCAAUAACCUUCCGUUCGGGUGGUGCUCGAUCACCGCUCUCGGAUCGUACGACUCUACGAAAGGUGGACACUUGAUCUUAUGGGACCUCCACCUCGUUGUCGAGUUUCCACCCGGCUCGACGAUAUUCAUUCCCUCUGCUGCCAUAUACCACUCAAACACGCCUGUAUGCGGCUUCGAGACUCGAUAUUCUGUCACACAGUAUACAGCAGGAGGUCUUUUCCAUUGGGUUGACUAUGGUUUCCAAACUUCACAGAACUACUUUGCUUCGCUUUCAGAGGAGGAAACUCAGAAGGAACUCGAACGUCUGGCGGAGCAGCUUGAUAUGGGUUUAUCUUUGUUCUCCACCUAUGAUGAGAUUUGCAAACGUUUGAACAUCCCCUCUGGUCUCUAG